CAGAAAUGUCUGAAUGGGAGAAAGCUUUUGAGCAAUCAAAGCCUUUGAUAACCUACGCCUUUCUAUCAGGGCUGACUACUGAUUAUUUAGUCGAGAUAUUUGAUCAGAUAAGACAGGAGAAAGAUCCAACAAUGAACCAUAUAGAACAAGUAGUGCUUGAUAGGAUUCCGAGGAAGGAUAGACCCGAUUAUGAAUUCCCAUCAACAGCUCCGAUCUUCCUAGAGGGGUAUAAUAUUAAGACUGAGCAUGAGAACCCAUAUUUCGUCCCUAUUGUGUUGACCAGUACCGAGGCAGGAAGAAGUUAUGGCUUCGCAUUAUUAUUUUAUGAGAAUCUUAAGGACCAUGUGAAGGUUAUCCAAGAUUUACUCGAUUCUGAAGACGCUGAAGAUAUUUUAGACAAUUUCAAUGCUAAAUAACCAGUUCGAGAUGUUUGAGGAAGACCGAGGAAGGAUUGGUACUAUUGUUGAAGACGAAAGAGAAAGUAUUUCAGCUAAUCCAAUUAUGAAAAUAAAAGAAUUUCUUAUGAAGUUUAAUGAUGAAGAGCUCAGCAAAGACCAAAUUUUUGACGGAAAGGAUUAUUACAUCCCAAAAGCUUUGUUCCUCCUCUCAAGAUUUCCUAUAUUUGAGACAAUUGAGCAGAUAUUGAGACAUCUUUACAUAAAUUGCCAGAUAGGAACCGAAUUUCCAAUAGAAUCAUACUUGAGCUAUCUCACCCAUUAUGCUCCAUUACCUGAGAUAGGCUCUCAGAUCACCUAUUCCUUCCCUAAUAAAAAACAGUUUGUAGUGGAGAGCAAGCUACUGAACGAGCUACCUGUUGUACCUAUAAACUUCUUCUGCGAUUUCUUCAUGGAUUCUUUCCUAUCAAUGCCAAACCUAUUCGAACUGCUAAAUUUCUUCCUGUGCCAGCUGGGUUCAACAGUAUUUAUCUCAGAAAGUGCUAAUAAAAUUGUAAUUUCAACAGAAGUGUUGAGAUCAAUUAUCUUUCCAUUUGAUUACGAUGAGACCUACAUCCCUUGCUUACCUUCAGCGCUGAUUAAUUACCUUGAGGCUCCAUUCCCAGUGCUGGUCGGCCUUGUUGUUACGAAGGAAGAGCAACUAGAAGAAGCUUACUCAAUAGCAUCGAAUAAAACAUUAUUUGUAGAUAUUGAUAACAACAAAUUGAGGGUUAAGUUUUGUGAUGAAAUUUUGGACAUAAAGGAUUUCCGCAAACAGUCUGAAAUCAUUGAACAGGAUAUCAAAGUUAGCUUUGCUAACAAAACUCUUCCUCUAAAGUCUAAACUUGAUAAAGUUACUCUUGGAGUUGAAACUGCAGUGCAUCAGUACAAGAAAGGCCUGAAGACCGACCAAGAUGGUGGAAAAUUAAGAGAAGAAAUGGUCAACAAUAUAAGGUCAUGCUUCCUCAGAUACUUUGUUAAUAUAUUCAGGGAUUAUGAGAAGUACAUAGAAGAACCUCAAGACCUGAGCAUCUAUGAUACAGAUAUUAGGGAGAUAUUUAAUGAGAAGCAAUUUAUCGCUCAUUCAAAGGUUAGCAAGAGCUGUGACUUUUACCAAGACUUUUUCCAGACAAGGCUGUGGGUAAGGUUCCUUGAAAUGAAAUAAAAUUCCUGAUGAGCUCACCCAUUGGACUAAUAUUAACAUUUUUGACGAAAAUAUCCUUAAGAAAAUGAAUGAUUAUGUGAUGAACUAUUGGAAGAAAGUUGAUACUCCUUUCCUGGACGAAGUCAAGGAUGUCAAAACAUAUACUUUCCUCUUUGAUCCCUCUAAAUAUAUAAGCAAGGAAGGAAGUUUAGAAGAAGCUUAUUUUGAAGCAAAGGAUAAACAGAAAACACUAAUUUCGAGGUAUAUCUGUACAGACCAAUCACAGAUCUCAAGAGGAAAGUUCUUCUAUCAGAUAUUCCCUUGCUUUGUGACCUCUUACCUGCCGAAUAGUUUCAACUUUCCUGUUGAUAUGAUAACCCCUGAUUUAUCUAAAGAGUAUCAAGAAGAGGAGAAAACAUUCAAGAGCAUGAAGGUAAAACGCAAGACUUACAACUACCUUAGCACUAUCGAAUGUGCUACUCUCGAAGACGAUAUGCUAGUCAUCUGGAUAAUAAUGUGGAGGAUGUGCUUCAAGUUCAUCCCUCAAGAAGAAGAGAAAGCUUUCAGAGUUGAUCAGCUCUGUGGCAUCCUCCACAGACACCUUAAGAACAACAAGAAGUUUAAGAAAGCGCUUCUGCUCUUUGAAGAGGUGCUGAAUGUUAUUCUAAAGCACGGCAACCUGAGUAUGGUAAAACAAGUCCUGAAACUGAUGAAAUACCUCCAGAUUAAGAGAAACUCUACUAUAGACAACAUCUUCUUCAUGGCUAUUAGGAAAAAGAGAGAAAUCCUCAGCAGGAUGGAAGAAGUCAAAGCAGAUGGAAGCCAUGUCAAGAUCUCAGAGAUGAUUGCUGAGAUCGAGGGCAACCAUAUCUCUGUUAGAAACUUCCGGAAGUGGGACAAGUCACUCGACUCUUCAAAAAGAGAAACCAUCGUUUCCAAGAAGUUGUUCAUGAGAAGGACUUUUAAGUCAGGAAAGGAUGUCCAUAAUUUCAUGAUUAAGGAUAUUAUAUCUAUGAGCGCUGAUGCUUACUGAAGCAAAUGAGAAAAGAUGCUCAGAUGGCUCCAGAUACAGAAAUGUAAGCAGUCUGAUGACGAGCAUGGCCUGUUUUGUCCAGACUGACUUGGAAGAAUGGAGGCAAAUCUUCAUGUAGUCAUUGGGUGUAAGCAGAAUUUGCCUGUUACUACACACCUAAGUGAAUCACAGUCAUAUUUAAGAAUUAAAGAUCUGAGAAGACUGAUAAAUGACCUCUAUGAGAUUCGUCUUGUUCAGACAGAAGAAGAGAUAUUCGGUUUAACAAUUUUUAGAGAACUUAGUAGGCAAUUGUUUUGGAAUUGAAUAUUUCAUAUGAUUGACUAUAAAAUGCCUUAUGAUUUUAUUCUCCCAUAUGAAGGUUCAGAUAUUUUCAAAGAGCUUAAGAAUGCAAAUAGACACAUCUUUAUUUCUCAUACUGAUGAAGUCGAAGGUUUCCAGAUUGCAGUAAGGCAAAGAAGACAUAAAUCAGAUGUCCCAAGGAUGUACUUAUAAAUUCAAACUAACUUUACCAAAAUUUAAAAUUUACC